CACGCACACGCUCAUCUAACUCCUCCCUCUGAUCACAUCAGUGUGCUGUGAGCUGCUCACUCUUUGCCCUAAUCAUCACAGUGGAUAUUCUGACUGGACGUGAACCACCAGAGAGACUACAUUCAUGCAGGAUGCCUUUCGGAGGAGGGAACAAGUGUGGCUGCUGCCAGAAAACUGUCUACUUUGCAGAGGAAGUGCAAUGCGAAGGAAAGAGCUGGCAUAAAUCCUGUUUCCUGUGCAUGGUGUGCAAGAAGAACCUGGACAGCACAACUGUGGCCGUGCACGCAGACGAGAUCUACUGCAAGUCAUGCUACGGCAAAAAGUACGGUCCAAAAGGUUACGGCUUCGGCGGAGGAGCGGGGACCCUCAGCAUGGACACCGGAGAGGGGCUUGGAAUUACGCCUCCAGUAGAAACUCCGCAUCAUCCCACCAACAACCCCAACGCCUCCAAGUUCGCCAAGAAAGCUGGCGCCUCCGAUAUUUGUCCACGCUGUGGCAAAACCGUCUACGCGGCGGAGAAGGUUAUCGGGGGCGGUAAUUCAUGGCAUAAAGGUUGCUUCCGUUGCGCCAAAUGCGGCAAAGGACUGGAGUCCACCACUGUCGCAGACAGAGAUGGCGAGAUCUUCUGUAAAGGUUGCUACGCCAAGAACUUCGGACCCAAGGGUUUUGGUUAUGGUCAGGGUGCAGGAGCUCUGGCUCAUUCCCAGUGAAGUUCAGUUUGUCUACAUCAUCAACUAAGCUGCUUCUUUCCGUUCAUCACGCUACAUCAUACAUCAUACAGCUACACUAAAAACAAAGCACAUUUUUGACAGUCACAAGUGUUUCCAAAAAUUGUAAAUGUUCGUGUAAAUAAUGAAGUCAUGUUACAGUUUUGUUUUUAGUUAAACCCUUAAAACGCACACCUUAACCCUUCAGACACCAGAGUUUUUUCAUUAAAAUAUUCAGUUUUGAUAUA